AGCCCGAGGCCCGGCUCCACCCCUCCACACCUGAGGUAGUCUACGAGACGCCGGGCCGGGAGGUGAUGUCACGUGGGCUCUCCUCAUGUGACCGAUGGCCACAGUCCAGCAUGGCGGCCUCCUUAGGUCGGCCGCUUCACUCUUUUCUGGUGCUGCUGGGCUGGCUCCUGGCGGCGCCCCCGAGUCUUGGGCUGAGUUCCGGGGAUUCCCUGAACGAUGACCUGCUGCUUCCCUAUUCCGGGCUGCGGACGCGUCUGCCUCGGGACUGCCGGCCGGUCCGAAACGGGACCCGUGCUCACGAGAGCUGGCCCCCGCCUGCCCCGGCUCGCCCCGGUCCGGGUCCCGUCGUCCGCCGCUUUGUCUCCUACUUCCCGGAUUCUAGAAACGGCUCGAACCGGGCCGUGUCUGGCCACCUGACUGUAGCCGCGUCCCCCCUGCGUAGCUUCUCCGUACUAGAGCCCGGGGGACCCGGGGGCUGCGCUGCCAGGAAACUGGUGACCGUAGAGGAGACCGCCAGGACGGCUGGCUGCAUAGUGGCCCAAAACGGCGGCUUCUUCCGCAUGAACACAGGAGAAUGCCUGGGGAAUAUAGUGAGCAACGGGUACCAAGUGAGCAGCUCUGGGGGGCUGCAGAAUGCCCAGUUCGGGAUCCGCCAGGAUGGGACCCUGGUCACAGGGUACCUGUCCGAGGAAGAGGUGCUGGACACAAAGAAUCCAUUUGUGCAGCUGGUGAGUGGGGUAGUGUGGCUGCUCAGAGAUGGACGUGUCUACAUUAAUGAAAGUGAAGAGACUGAAUGCGACAAGACCCAGGAAACAGGCUCUUUUAACAAGUUUGUGAAUGUGAUAUCAGCUCGGACAGCUGUGGGACAUGACAGAGAGGGCCGGCUGGUACUGUUCCAUGCAGAUGGACAGACCCAGCAACGGGGCAUUAACCUGUGGGAGAUGGCUGAGUUCCUAAAAGAGCACGGAGUGGUGAAUGCGAUUAACCUGGAUGGUGGAGGUUCAGCCACAUUUGUUGUCAAUGGAACCUUGGCGAGUUACCCAUCAGAUCAUUGCAAGGAUGAUAACAUGUGGCGCUGUCCCCGCCGUAUCUCUACAGUCGUGUGUGUUCAUGAGCCACGCUGCAAUCCACCGGACUGCAAUGGUCAUGGGACCUGUGUGGAGGGAAUCUGCCAUUGUACUGGGAACUUCUGGGGAGGAGAUGACUGCAACAUUCUGGACUGUGGCCCCUCCAACUGUAGCCUACAUGGGCUCUGCACUGAGACUGGAUGCCUCUGUGAUGCUGGAUGGAUAGGCAGUACCUGCAGUCAAGCAUGUGCAAAUGGCAGUUUUGGGGUCAGUUGUGCUCAGAAGUGCCAGUGCCAGAAUGGAGCUGCUUGUGACCCUAUUCAUGGGACCUGUACCUGCCUUCCUGGCUUCCAAGGAGAUACCUGUGCUGAAGUGUGUCCCUUAGGUUGGUAUGGCCCAAGUUGCCAGUAUGCUUGCACAUGUGAGAGCUCAUGUCCCUGUGACCCCAAGACUGGCAACUGCAACCUCACCUCUACUGUACAGGACAUCCUCUCCCAAGUUGGCAAGUGUCUUGCACCAUCCAUGGUACCGAAAAGGAAUGAAGAACACCCCUACUUCACAAAGCCAGCCUGGCUGUCUCUCACGUUGGCCCUGGCUCUCUUGCUGCUACUCAGUGCUGCUGCUAAUGUGACUUUUGUCCUUGGCUCCAGAGCAUCCAGGAGGCACCUGGAUGGAGAGUAUGCUUACCACCCAUUGCAGGAAAUAAAUGGGGAGCUGCAUUCCUUAGAGAAGGAGCAACAAGGAGACCACACACUCAGCAUUAAGGACUCAAAACAAUGAGAAGUGGCCUUUGUCCAUCCUGGAAGUUCAGUUCUGCUUGUGGGUUUUUCCAGGGAGAGCUGGUAUGGAGGAAACCUUGCUAAGACAGAAAAUGAGAACCAGACAAAGACAACAUACCAGGGUGUCUCUUGGAAGCUCAAUCCCAGCCCCAGCCCUGGCCCCUCUCUUUGGUCAGAGGAGCUGGGAUACCUGUGCCUCAGUCUCCUAGCCUGCCUGCCCAUUAAGUGCCAUGCUGCACCACAGCCCUCAGCCAGAGCAAUAGUACACUUCCAGAUAAAGCUUUACCUCUCAGGGCAGGGCCUCUGGCCUCUUCCCCCUGCCUGUCUGUGUCUGCUUGUCCAGUGAGAUGCCCGUGUCCUCUGUGGGGAUAUAGCAGUGCCAAAGGGACUUCAGCUAUCCUGGGGAAAAGAGCAGCUGGAGAACUAUUCUUAUCAUGAUUUGAAUCAUGGUGAAAUGAAAUGUAAUCCAUUCCUAAAGUCCUAUCUGUGGAUGGAAAGGACAACCAGCCUUUAAGGGCUAGUGGGAAACUUGCAAAUCUCAGCCUUCCUGUAAUUUAUUCAUUCCUGUGGGAAAAUUGAGGCCAUAAUAGGUCACUUUUAUACAGACCAGUUUUUUAUGUUAACUUAAAGUUCUGGCACCUGUGGUAAGUUGCUUUUUUGAAGACAGAGAAUGAAAUUGGUAUUUUUACAUGACAAGUUAUUUUGUCCUUCUUUUCAUUGGUUACUAUUGAAUUAAAUUAAUUAUUAAUAUUGAAUAAAUUGAGGAAUGAAAGGAA